AUGUCUGACGCUCAAGAAACCCACGUAGAACAGCUACCAGAGUCAGUUGUCGACGCACCAGUCGAAGACCAACACCAAGAACCACCACAGGCUCCACAAGCUCCACAAGCUCCACAAGCUCCACAAGCUCCACAGGCUCCACAAGCUCCACAAGAACCACCAGCCCCACAGGAACCACCAGCCCCACAAGAAGAACAAGACGUUCCCCCACCAUCUAACGCUCCAGUUUAUGAAAGCGAAGAACCUCAAAGUGUCCAAGAUUACCAACAGGCCCACCAACAUCACCAACCACCUGAACCGCAACCAUACUAUCCUCCCCCUCCUCCAGGUGAACACAUGCACGGUCGUCCACCAAUGCACCACCGCCAAGAAGGCGAACUUUCAAAUACCAGAUUGUUUGUUAGACCUUUCCCAUUGGACGUUCAAGAAUCUGAGUUGAAUGAAAUCUUUGGCCCAUUUGGACCAAUGAAAGAAGUCAAGAUCUUGAACGGCUUUGCAUUUGUUGAAUUUGAAGAAGCUGAUUCCGCUGGCAAAGCCAUUGAAGAAGUUAACGGCAAAAGUUUUGCCAACCAACCUUUGGAAGUCGUUUACUCUAAAUUGCCUGCCAAGAGAUACCGUAUCACCAUGAAAAACUUACCAGAAGGUUGUUCAUGGCAAGAUCUUAAAGACUUGGCCAGAGAAAAUAGUUUAGAAACUACUUUUUCUAGUGUCAACACCAGGGAUUUUGAUGGUACUGGUGCCUUAGAGUUUCCAAGUGAGGAAAUUUUGGUUGAAGCUUUGGAAAGACUGAACAAUAUCGAAUUCAGAGGUUCCGUUAUCACUGUUGAAAGAGAUGACAACCCUCCACCAAUCAGAAGAUCUAACAGAGGUGGCUUCAGAGGUCGUGGCGGCUUCAGAGGCGGCUUCAGAGGAGGCUUCAGAGGCGGCUUCUCUAGAGGCGGAUUUGGGGGUCCAAGAGGGAGCUUCGGUGGCCCAAGAGGUGGCUACGGUGGUUAUUCCAGAGGUGGCUAUAGCGGCUAUUCCAGAGGCGGCUACGGUGGCUCCAGAGGCGGCUACGAUAGUCCAAGAGGUGGUUAUGAUAGUCCAAGAGGCGGUUAUUCCAGAGGUGGCUACGGUGGUCCAAGAAACGAUUACGGUCCUCCAAGAGGUAGCUACGGUGGUUCAAGAGGUGGCUAUGAUAGUCCAAGAGGCGACUAUGGUCCUCCAAGAGAUGCGUACAGAACCAGAGAUGCUCCACGUGAAAGAUCUCCAACCAGGUAA